UUCAAACCAUCUUAGGAACUUCUUCAAAGUACAAGCCUUACUUUUAUUUCCAGUCAUGGCAGCCGAAGGUACAGUGAGUUCUGGUAAGAAGUGGUUCUUUUUGAGUGCUUGCAUGAUAUGAUCAGUGCCGUCUUAAGGCAUAGACCCACUGGGCACUUGCCCAGGGCCUCACGCUUCUAGGGGGCCUCAUGCCUCUAUGGGACCUCAUGCCUAGAGAUGUGACCUCACACUUCUAGGUAACCUCACACCUCCAGGGAGCCUCAUGAUUCGAAGGGAAUUAUGCUGCCAAUAUUGUUAAUGAUAUUGAAAUAUAUUUUUGGCAAUUUAAUUUACUUUCAAAACGCAGCGGGAAAAGAGUUUCUCCAGUUUUUUUAACAAGUUUGUCAAUUUUCACAUCAAUUCAAUUUUUUGGUCCUAGUUUUAGAAAAAAAUUCUUUUGAUAAAUUGCCACUUUUAAAAAAUCCAGAAUUUUCUUUUUGAUGGGGGUGGGAGGAGAAAUCAAAGAGGAGCUAUAAGUUCAUUAUUUAAUCCUUUAAAUUAAAUGAAAUUAAAAAAGAAAUAAUAGUGAGAAAUUCCAAAUAAACUUUUUAAGUUACUGCAUUUGUUUGGAACUUAUUUUGCAUCUUACUUCAGAUAAAUCACAUUAAUAAAUAUAUAACCUGUUUUAUAUAUUCAUACAUAAUUGAUAGACCUUUUCUACAAAACAGUAUUUUUUCUCUUUUUCUAUAACUGUCAAUUUUGGAAAAACCUACUUAAGUUGUAAAUACAAGCAAAAUGAUAAUUAUUAUACAAAGUACAAAUAGUUUUAUGUUGUUUUUUUUCUUCUAACAAACAAAUGUUUUGAACGGAAAUAUUAUUUUUAGAAUUCAUUCAUUGAUGAAGUAGUUUACAGAAAUAAUUAGUUUCAAAAUAAAAUUAUGCAAAACUUCUUUUUAGAUACAGCUAAAAAUAAAAGGAACUGUGUAACCUUGACAUGGUCAAGGAAACCUACAUUUCAACUACGGUAGCAUCUUUUCUAUGUGAAGCCCAUUAUGUCAAGAAUGAUGCAAAAAGAAAUUAAUGUAUGCACCAAAGUGAAUCCCAUCAUUUUGAAUUUAUCAAAAUUUAUGGGGGAGAGGCUUACUAAGAAAUCUCCCCAAACCUUACCACCAGUUUUCUUUGGUGCCCCAAUCUCUUCUCGCUCCCUAAUUAAAGUGUCUGGUACAUUUCAAUGUAAAGAAAUGCGCUGGAUGCAAGUAAAUACAGACCUGUUUACCCCUGGGUUAGUGUGUCAGAGUAGUUUUCAAAGAGUAGUUUCACAAAUAAAUAUACAAGAUAUGAUCUUCCGGUUUGUUUAUUAAAGACGAGAAAAAGUUUUAGGCAAGCACAUUGGCUGUUAAGUAAUAACGCAAUUCUCUAAUAGAAAAAUAUUCUGGUUGAUUUAUUGAGAUCAAGACCGCAAAAUCCAAUCACUGUUAAUCUCUAUUCGAUUGCUUUCGGUGUUAACACAAAAAAUGCUGUAACCUUUUACUGAAAACAACCCAAUUUUUUAUUCUCUUUUAUUGCAAAUAAACCAAACAAAAUAAAAAACUCCCGAAACUGUAGUUUUUUUUGGCUCGUCAUAGUCUAAGCUUAAAAACAUAAUUACCAUGGCAAAUACGUAAGGGUAAUCAGGUCUGUAAUUACAAUUAUUUUUUAACAGAAAAAAUUAUACGUUUUCCCUUAGUUUGGUAUACAUAGUCGGACUAUAUAGAUUUUAUGGACAAAACUAAGCUGGGGUCAAAAGCAUAACCUUAGGGGGCUCUACAAUCAAAAUGAAUUUAUGGUUAAUGUAUGGUGGGCUGACAAAGUCAUAGCUGGCCCUGGGCUUCAAAAUGCCUAAUUUCAUUGCUGAAAGAUGCCCUGCAGCCCUCCUCUGACUGAAGUUCUACCCCUCACUCCCCCUCUGAAAGAAACUGGUGAGAACACAUGGGCCAACCUGGGCCAUAAUGAUUUUUAUAACAUUACUUGAAUAGUAGGCUACAGAGGAAAAGGGGCGCCAAGGUUAGACUAGCAUGACGAUUUUUGUGCCCAUGUCUUUGUGAAGUGAAUGGGAUUUUAUUGUUUAAUUCACCAUUAAGGGCCUAUCUUAAGACAAUUAUUGUGCCAGGGUUGAUUGGCUCUCUUGCCCCCUCCUUCGCACAGCCCUGAGUUUAUAGAGGGAUGGGGGCCUCGGUGCCCCCACUUUGCCCAGGGCUCCCACUUUUGUAAAGACACCCAUGCAUAUGAUAUCUUCUUGUUUGUCACAUCAAGAUUUAAUUUGGUUUAAGUGAAUGCAGUUUUUAGUUCACUACUUUUACUUGCUGCAGUACCAUCAAUCAAAUUUUUGAGUACUUUGCAAAUUAUUGAAAACAAAAUAUAAUAUUCAAGAGAGGGCUAUUAUAGUAAAUAUUUUAUGCUGAACAAUAUAGUAUGAUGGUUGUUAACAGGAUUUGUGAGGAUCUCUUGUUGCAUAAAUAAGUACCAAGACUGCCUCUCUGGCAUGACUACAUUCAGUAGUAUUGAAUACCAUCAAAAACUUUUCAGAGGUUACUUGUAGUCUUUAGACUACUUGGACUCAUAGACUCUAUAAUCACACAAGCAAAUGGCAAGUUUUGGGGAUUUGCAUCAAUGACUGCAGGGGCACCAACUUUGUGGAUGUAGACCCAAUAGAUGGGUAUAGAUGUGUGCAGGGUCAUUUUUCUUAACUUAAGAUCUUUCACUAUUAUUCUGGGCUUGUCUGUGCACAAAAAUGUACAAGUGUACAGUCAGAAAAAGCUCUCACAUAAGCUGAGCAUUGGGCUAGCAUGUUUAUUUUUACAAGGAUUUUCUCAAAAGUCAAACUGGAACAAGUAUGAGGUUUUUAAGUACUGUCUUUGUAUUUGUUUGGCGUAGUUUCAAACUGUUGUUGCUAGUCCUUGGCACAUGAAGAUGACCAAGGCAAUUUUUGACUUGAUCUGUAUUUUGUUUAUGUGAGGCUCAAUUUGUCAGCCUCACUCUCUCAUCUUUGCCUAUUUGAUUCAAUGGCAAGACAUGGUCAAAAUGACUGGAAAUAGACCAGGGGGCUCUUUAUGUGUUCUACAUCACUAGGGAUGAUGGAAUGUUCAAUUUGUCAGUGUCAAAGCGCCUAAAAAAACUCCAGGUUUGAUUUCAGAGUUUGUCUUCUCUUAGACAAUUUGCCAUGCAAGGUUAAUGAGUCCCAACAUGAUGUUUUGGCUUGUCUAGCCUUUUUCUUGGGGUUGAACUCCAGUCGACUAGCUUGGGAUUGACUCCGACUAGCUUGGGAUUGACUCCGACUAGCUUGGUAUUGACUCCGACUAGCUUGGGAUUGACUCCGACUAGCUUGGGAUUGACUCCGACUAGCUUGGGAUUGACUCCGACUAGCUUGGGAUUGACUUUGUUUAGACUGCUUUGCCACUCAGCACCCUUUAGUUUCAAACUAUAGUAGGUGUGGGAGUUAAGUCAUUGUCAUUUUAUCAACUAAAAUCAUUUCCUUAUUAAUUUUUUUAGUACAUAUUGCCUAUUUGCAACCUUUGGACUUAAUUAUUUUUAGAAUGUGGAACACUCUGGUGUAAAGUAUUAAGUAUUUUCAUUGUACAAACAAGGCAAUCUUGCAUAUAAUAUCAUAAAAUGACAAGCAUUGUAAAAUAUCUUACAUUAUGGCAUCCUAAAAAGUAAUGAACAAGGAUUUAUUAAAAUACAUUUUAACCCCAGUAGCUUUCAGCUCGCUUUCACUAUAUCAGUGGUUCUCAACUGGUCUGCCGUGGCACAGUAGUGUGCCGCAGGCUUAGUAAAGUACUUAAAAUAAUUUUACUCAACAUACUUUUCUUUUAAAAUUAAAAGAACAAGAGAAUAUUAUUUAAUAACUUAUUUUACGAGGGAUUUAUUCAAUUUUAAUGCCUUACAACAAAAGAUUUGAGUUAUCAAUGAGAAACUUGAGCUUGCUGCUCCUUACAGAAUAAUUCAAUUUGUAGUAGAAUUGAAGACAAAAAUACAGUAGUGUAAGAAGUGAAGCACUUUUUUCUUUAUUUGAGGGGUGGCAUUUUCUGGCAACUGCAGAGUUUGUCUUUUUGUAGAAGGGGGAGACAAAAUUCUUAAACCACCCCGGGUGCAACUAACCUUAGUUAAAGUGACUCAUGCAACUAAAUAUUACCAUAUAUCUUAAAAGAUUGCAUUAUAUAUAUAUCUAUAUUAUACAUUUUAUUUCAUAACAACAGGUCAUGAUAUCUCACAGAUUUAAAAAAUUUCUUUUUUUUUUUUUUAAACUUUAAAAAAAAAAAGAAAAGUUCUUUUAUUUUUACUAACAUAGCUCAAACUCAACACUAAGUAACUAUUACUUUAUUUAUGCUUUUUUAAUGAGUUUUAUAUCUUGAUUAAGUGUUAUUUUUUCAUCCAUGGAGGUUUAAUGAGGUAUGUCUUUAUAAAUAGGCUACUUCUAUUAUAAUAAAAAUAAUUUCUAUUUUAUAAGGCCAUAUCGUUGAAUGCUGCCAUUUUACGUAACAUAUUUUUACAUACUUUAUUUCACAAAUCAGAUGUACAAAAACUAAUUGAAGAAUCUGAAGCAUUAUAUGAUAAAAAAGAAUUCCCAGCCCUGUAUAACCUUCUGUCACCUUACAAAGACUCACAAGAUGCAAAUAUUCUCUGGAGACUUGCACGAGCAGCAACAGAAAAGGGGAAAAUGGGUGAAGGAGAAGAAAGGAAAAAAUUCAUAUAUGAGGCUUGGGACUACAUUAACAAAGCAUUGGAACUAGACAAUGAUAAUUUUGCUUGUCACAAAGUAACUAGAUAUUUUAUUAAUUAUUAAGUCGUGUUUAAAUUUUGAGGAUGAUUAUCAUUGGAGCCAGUGAUAGACUCAAUUUUGCCUCGAGGGAAGUCAUUUAACAAAAUAACAAAAACAAAUAACUUAAUCAAAUGUGAUCUUAAUUCAUAAAUAUUUUGACAGAAAAUUUGUGUGCAGUCCAAAACAAUGCUGCUAAAUGAACAAUAAAUGAACAAUACAUAAAUCAGUAUUUAAACUUUGCAUAAAGUUGUUUUUUUUCUUCUAUCUUUGUCAUCUGCCAUAUUUUUUAUUUGUCUGCAAGGAUCAACAUUUUGUUGUGAUUUACUUGUUUAAGAAUGUAAAAACUGCUACAAAUUUUUGACUGCACUCAUGCAAUGUUUUUUUUUCUAUAACUUAGUGGUAUGGAAUUCUAUUGGAUUACACAGCAGAAUAUGAAGGAACCAAACAACGGAUUGCUAAUGCUUUUAAAGUGAAGGAACACUUCAUGGUAAACUGAACAAUGUUUUAGGAUUUAAAAAAAUGAACAUGUUUUGAUUAAUUCAAACUAAUCACAUGUAUGAUAAUAUAUAAUAUAUAUUAUUUAUAUAUAUAUAUAUAUAUAUAUAAAUGUAUAUAUGUAUGUAUAUAUGUAUGUAUAUAUGUAUGUAUAUAUGUAUAAAUAUAUAGUGGCCUGAAUUUAAGCCAUUGUGAAGUAAAUUCAUGGUGUAAAAAGAUAUAUUUAGGCUAAAAUAAAAAUACAUUACAAAUUAAAAUGUAUCUUUUGUUUAUUAUUGUAUUGUCUACUGAAGAAGGCAUCUAGCCCAAUCAUCCGUUUAAUUGUUGUGUCUUUUUUUCAAGCCUUAAUAUAUCUUGUUACACUAUUUAUUUAAUAGUAUGACUGUUUCUUUUUUUUUAAAGAUGUUUAUCUCAUUGAAGAAAUGUGAACAAUUUAUUUAAAUUUCUUUGGAUUGAAUGAAUCAGUUUUAAGUAUUAAAGCACAUUUGUUUAUUAUAAUGAGUCUUUGUCUUCUCCUUUUUUGUAUAUAGAAAGCCAUAGAACUGAAUCCAAAAGAUGCCACUACUUUAUAUUGUCUAGGCUAUUGGUAAGGAGUCAGUCAUCCAGGUCAAUUUGAACAAAAUAUAUUUAAAACUUGUAUACCAUCAAAAUGUAACACAGACAUAUUUCAAAACUAAAGUUAAUGUAUACUAUAUAUCCAAUGUUCAUACUCUGAUAUUAAUUUAAUCUCCCCCCCCCCCCAAGGCUACAUAACUUGAUACCUUUCAUGUUAUAGGUGCUUUUUAUUUGCGGACAUGGCCUGGUAUCAGAGAAAAAUUGCUUCAGUUCUGUUUGCCUCCCCUCCCACAUCAACAUAUGAUGAAGUAGGUCAAAGUUGUAGGGAAAUUACUUUACACAUUUAUUUAGCUCAUUAAUUUUACACUUCCGUUUGGAAGACUGAUAAAAUUAUAUAAGAUGAGACUUAAUUAAACUUAAGAAAAAUGAAUUUCACCAUUUAUUUUUAAAUGGCAUUUGUGUAAGAAGCAUUUUUUUUAGUUUUUGAAUGCAGUUACAAGCUAAUCAUUCAGUAAAUUGUUGCUAGUAGGAAGUUAGACUUGCACUAAAGAACCAGAAAUGUAAAACACAAACUGAGUUCCACUAAGUGGCUUUAUUUUUGUUUUCUUUUUUUUCAGGCUCUUGAUUAUUUCAAGAAAGCGGAAGAAGGUAAAAAAAAAAAAAAAUGUCCUUUAGAAGCUAUUGCUUUGCAAACCUAUAAAUUAUAAAGUGAUUCUCAUUCUCACUAAAACAAAGAAUUUAUAUGCGGUAUUUAUAGAUAAGGUGGCAUCAAAAAUUUUAUGAGGGUAAUUGUACUUCCAGCCCCCUUCAACCAAUGUGAGAGUGUAGGGCACUGCUUCCAAACCUCCUGAAUGGGUUUGUUCUUCUGUGUGUCUUAGUAACCUAAUGUAAUGACUGGCUGCUCUGUUUUAAUUGUUGACAGAUUGAAAUAAUAUACUUCAUUAAACUCAGCUAAACUGCUACUGAGACAUUUCAAAUCUGCCUUUUGAUAAAAUUCCCUUAAGUCAAGCACAGGUUUUUAAAAAGGUGCCGUAGGUUAUUUAAAAUUAAAAUCAAUUGUGCAAAAAAGAGGGCAAGAUGUCUGAAUCCUUCCAAAACUAUUGUUUGAUGUAGCGUCACUUUGCUGUUGCGUUUGAAGUUAUGUCUUGGAGAACUGUUUAUUACAAAUAUUACCCCCAUCACCCACCCAGCCCAUUUGGUUGUGCAGCAAGGAUGUUUUGAAGUGCUUCAAAUAUGUAUUGAGUAUUUCAGUGUGUUUAUGAUCUUUGUUAAAAAUCUUUUAGUAGUUAUAAAAUAUAUAGCAAGUGUAGGAGCUUUGCACUGUUGUUUUUCUUCAAUAAUCAUGUCAAUCUUAUGUCAUUUUUUCUAAUUAACAAUCAGUAGGCACACAUGUUUAGGCCCCAAUUAACAGUCAAUGUGGCACACAUGUUUUGUCCCUAAUUAAAAACAGUCAGUAUGGCACACAUGUUUAGGCCAAAUUUAUAAAUGACUUUUCUAAAAAUUAAAAAUGAUUAUAUUUUAUGUGAUGUCAGUAGCUUAAUUAAUUUAUUUCUAUGAUACUGUUUUAUGGAAAUGAAUUAACAUAAAUAUUAUCUGACUUUGAUUAAUUAAGUGACAAAAUCUCCCACAAUGCAGCUGAACCAGGAUUCUACAACCAGAACAAGGUGAUGCUCGGAAAAUCCUACAUGAGACUGAAGGACAAGGAAACUGCAAAAACCUAUUUACUGAAAGCUUUGGAGCAUCAAGACAAGACAACAGAUGAUGCUAAGGUGUGUGUGUGCUGA